AUAUUAUUUAUAUAUUUACAAAAAUGUUUAAAACAAAAUCCUAAACAACCUUUCAAAAUUCACGUUUUUUAAUAUCAUUUUUCGGCCCCAAAAAUUAUAAUUUCUAUUAAAAUUAUUAGUUUUGUUUAAAUUGGCUGUCACAACAGGAUCACGAUGCCGAACAGAGCGAGUCUUCUCGGUCAGCUAAAAACGCUUGUAGAUGCAAUCGACGAUUGUUGUGGUCCUUGCUGUCCUGCACCACCAUGUGGACCGUGUCCACCUUGUUGUCCACCGAAUGGCAACUCCAAUAACGAUAAAGAAGAUGAUGAUUUUACCAAGAGACCAUUUGCUCAAGUGUGCUUUUCCUGUCCUCCACAUGGACCAUUACCCACAGUACCACAACCAGUUAAACCAUUAUGUAUGCCCUGUCUAAAAGGACAGCCACCAACACCAGAGCAAAUGGCCCAAAAAGAACGAGAAACCAACCCAGGCAGUCGUUACGAUAAUUUCUAUAACAACUUCAACGUUGAUUAUCAUCAACAAGCUAUGUCUGAUGAAAAGGGAACUCCACCGAGAACAGGACACGAAGGCCCUUGCGGUAGAGAUGGGAAGAGACCGUGUGCUGAUUACAAAAAAAUCAAAAUAGAGCCGAGAACUCAUUACGAUAGUGGGUGUCCAACCGGGUUUAAACCUUGUCAAAUGAGAUUAUGCCCGCCACCAUGUUGUAAUCCGAUCGGUGUUUGGAGAGCACAGGUUAUGCCAUGUCCGCCGGGAGGUAAGAAAGAUAUAAGUGUACCUAAUCUUUUACCGCCUCCGGAGUGUUGUACACGACCCGGAUGUAAGCAUUGGAAACCUCCCGGGGGACCUUGUUUAUAUGAAGCUCCAUGUAGAGCUCAUUGCUUUAACCAUCCCCCAGGGAUGAAACCUUCCGGAAGAGCUUGUUGCACUUUACCACCAUCAAUGUGUCCUGAUUGAAAUCAUUUUUAAUAAGUUAAGAUAUUACAUUGCUGUUUUUUGAAAUACGUUUAAUUACUUGUUUUUUUCUUUUGUCUGUGGAAUCUUUUGUAUUAGUUUAUGCGAUGUAUACUCUGUGAUAAUAAAUGUCCAAACUUUUUUUGUAUUUAA